AUGCUCGACGACCAUCACCAGAAGAGCGCCCUGGGGAUUGUAGUCGCCUUUGCGGCCCUGGGCGGUAUUGCGGUGCUCCUUCGACUCUGGAGUCGACGAUUGACACGAACGGCCCCGACGAGUGAUGACUAUUUAAUUGUGCUAGGAUAUUGGAACUUUGCCAACCAAAUCAUCUACAAUCCCGCGCUGUCGAUCGUCAAAGUCUCGAUCCUGCUCUUCCUCCAUCGACUGAAUUCUCAGUCGCGCGUGGUGCGAUACCUCAUCUGGGUGUCCUUAGCGACAGUGAUCACCCUCUGUCUGGCUGUGCUGUUCGUCGAUAUCUUCCAAUGCACGCCCGUCGCCUAUGUCUAUGACAUGAGCAUCCCCGGGGGCAAAUGCAUCGACCAAGGCGCGUUCUACGUCUCGACCGCCGCCCUGAACCUCACCACGGACCUCAUGGUCCUCUCGAUUCCCAUCAUCAUCACCGCUCGCCUGCAGAUGCCCGUGCGACGCAAGAUCGCCGUCUGUGUCAUCUUAUGUCUGGGUGGCGUCGCCACCGCGAUCGGCGUCUGGCGCAUCAUCAUCUUGGCCCAAGGUUUCAUUGCCAAAAUCGAAACCCCAGACCCCACUUACUCCAUCGGCUUCUGUAGUUCGGCCAUCGAAGUGAAUAUCGCCGUCGUGACCGCCUGUGGGCCAUCACUCAAAGCCAUCAGCACCAGAUACCUGCCCAAGGUACUCGGGAGCUCCCGCCGAGGCACUCGGACCGGCUAUGGGACGGGCACAGGGACGGGCAGCCGAGGUCGCAAGUUCCCCAUCUCGAACCUGUUCACCAAGUCCGGGACGCAACAUAAGUCGUUACACUCGAGUGUGGCCGGGUACGAGAUGGCGGAUCCACUGGGAGGACCGAAAUUCAAUGUGGAUGAGGACUUUGAAAUGGCCAAAUACGGGCGCAAAGUGAAGACUCCGAGUUUGGAGUUGUCGGACGAAGACAAGGGGAUUGUCAAGACCACCGAUAUCACCGUUGGAUAUAGUGUCGAGCCAGCCGAUAGGAACCCCGGCACCGACAAGCCCUGGGCCAGCUGUCCGGCCAACUCGGCCGAGGAUGUUCCCGCGGCCGUGGAAAUCGCCCAUGUAGCAUUCGAGCAGUACCGCAAGGUGUUGCCCCGCCAGAGAGCGAAAUGGCUCCUGAAAUGGCACGACCUGACGCUCGCGGCGCGAGACGAUCUGGCUCAGAUCGUGACGCAUGAGACGGGAAAGCCUUUGGCCGAGGCCUAUGGUGAAAUUGAUUACUCCCUGGGCUUCUUGUGGUUUUUCUCCGGGGAAUGUGAGCGAAUUCAAGGCACCGUGUCACAGGCGGCGGCUCCGAAUCGCCGCUUGUUUACCGUGAAGGCGCCCAUUGGAGUGGCAGCUGCGUUGACUCCUUGGAAUUUCCCUGUUGCCAUGGUUCUUCGAAAGGCCGGUGCAGCCCUGGCAGCUGGAUGCACUAUGGUUGUGAAGCCCAGCCCGGAGACUCCAAUCUCCUCACUUGUUCUAGCGGUGCUGGCUUCACGGGCCGGGUUCCCUUCAGGCUGUCUGAAUAUUUUGACCACAGAUCUAGACAAUACUCCAGUAUUGAGCGAGACGCUCAUCAAGCAUCCGCUCAUCAAGAAAGUGUCUUUCACUGGUUCGACGCGAGUAGGCAAACUAGUGGCAUCGCACUGCGCCCAAGGAUUGAAGAAGGUGACUCUCGAGCUAGGAGGCAAUUGUCCCUUUAUCGUCUUCGACGAUGCCAACCUCGACCAAGCCAUCGAGCAGCUCAUGGCUCUCAAAUGGCGCCACGCCGGCCAGGCCUGUAUUACCGCGAAUCGAAUCUAUGUCCAAGCAGGCAUCUUCGAUCGCUUCGCUGCUCUCUUGAAGGAGCGCACAGCCGCUCUGGUCGUCGGUCACGGCACUGCCCCCAACACGACCAUGGGCCCCCUCACGACUCCCCGAAGUAUCGACAAGGCCACUGCACAGAUCGAGGACGCUCGCCGUCUGGGCGCCGAUGUCCUCCUGGGCGGCAAUGCUCUCACCUCCCAGCCGGGCUAUUUCUUUGAGCCGACGAUUCUUUCCGGCAUGACAGAGGAGAUGCUCAUCUCGAAAGAAGAAUCCUUUGCUCCCAUUGCCGCACUGUACCGGUUUGAGACGGAAGAUCAAGCGGUCAAGUUGGCUAAUGAUACCAGCAUGGGUUUGGCUAGUUAUGCAUUUACUAAGAACAUUGAUCGCAUGUGGCGUCUGUUGGAAAACUUGGAGGCAGGCAUGAUUGGAAUGAACACAGGUCGGUGCCUUCGAUAUCCAUUUCGAAUCAUCCCACUAAAUGACUUUGCAGGCAAUCAAUCGGCAGCCGAGUCGCCUUUCGGUGGCAUCAAGGAGUCUGGAUAUGGAAAGGAGAGCGGAAAGGAUGUGGCUGUCAAUGAGUAUUUGGUCACUAAGACGGGCACUUUGACGCUCGAGGGACAUUUCUGA